CAGCCCUCAGCUGAUUUAUCCUCUGUCUUUCUCCCUUUGGGGAAUGAAUUGUGAAUAGCUUCCCUUUCAGCCACCAAAGGACUGGCUUUGGGCCUCCUCCAGAGAAAGGAUAGACCGCCCCAGCUGUUCAGAUCCGUGGCCAAGAAACCAUCCCUCUCACUUGGCUCGGCUGGCCCUUCGGCCGUUCCAAAGUCCGCUUGCAGGCUGCGUCUUAGAAGAGGCCUGGGGAAGGGGUGCUUUGGCCUGUCCGGAGUCCAGACGUCCAAUUCUUCCUUUGAGUCCAGCUAUUGCAUCUAUCUCACCUUGAAGUUUAAGGGCGUGCGCUUCUCUUUGCUGCCGCCACGAUGCCAAUGGACUUGACGUGGGUCCCUGACUCUCGAGAGCCAGGCUGGUACCUGACGCUGAUGGCCCCCAACGUCAAGGGCCCCAAAUAUGCCUGGCUGGACCCCUCCCGCCUCUAUUGCCACCACCAGGCUUUGCAUGACUGCGUGGAAGACCUGAUCCAGCCCUUCCAGAGCGACACCAUUGACCAGGUUGCCGGAAUCGACGCCAUGGGCUUCAUCCUGGGUGCAGCCAUUGCCAACACACUGCAAAAGGGGUUUGUGGCCAUCCGGAAAGCAGGCCACCUUUGCGUGGAGACCCUCACCCAGCCUUACCGGGAUUAUUCCGGCCUGGACAAGGUGAUGGAGAUGCGGACAGACACCAUCUCACCGGGCCUUCGGGUCUUACUGGUGGACCAGUGGGUGGAAACUGGAGGAACCAUGCAGGCCGCCAUCCAACUGGUGGAGCAACAAGGAGGGAUAGUCGCAGGCAUCGCUGCCAUCUGCAUUGAAGACAGCGAAGGAGGACAGUGGUUGAAAGACAACUACAAAUGGAGCCACUGCGUCCCGCCAGAGCGGAUGCCCCAAUUCAACGCUCAUCAGCUGGACUCCAUUGAAAAUGGCGACUCCGAACAAGGCUUGGAGUAACUCGAACUCGGCACGCUUCAUAGCUGGGGUGAGGGGAAAAUGUCCUGACUUGCCGUUUGUCUACUAAGAUACCAAAAUCAGAACAGUUCAAAAACAGAUAGCCAUGUUGGUCUGGCUCAGGGUUGUCUGGUUAAAACCAGGUCGGUUUAAACUAACCUGGUUUAAACCAUGGUUUAAUAUAACCUAUACACACAAACAUGUAUUGUAACCCUCUUGCUGGAACGACCAUGGCUGUUUGGGUUUUAAAUAUGUAACUUUAGCAAGUUCAUUGGCAGCAUUCAGCGCCGUUUGCUCCUUUUUAAUCACUUUGUUCUAUAUGCAAGAAAGCAUCCAGAAACAAAUUCCCUCCAUGAACAUUUAAGUUCAACCCAAACAACUUGCUGUAAAAGAGACCUUUUCCAAAAGAAAUACUUAUUAAUUUAAGCUAGUAGCCAUAACCUCUGAGCUGUAUUUUGCUACUUAGUUUUCCGAGUCCUAUAUUAAUGUCAUCCUACA